AUGAAUUAUCAAGAAAGGUCGCUUACGCGAUAGGUCACGUCUGUAUAAAGUUCAGGUUUACGUUCCGUCCACAACACUUUGAAUUCAACGAGCUCUUCUACAAAAUAAACAUGUAACACCUAAAUCCAGCUGUCUAACUCAAUGGAAGCAUCUUGUCAAGCAAUGUUUCAUUUUGAUUGCAAUUUUAGUGUUCUCCGCACCAGUUGCAUAUUCAUUGUCAGAGUUAAUAAUGAUAGCUCGUCAUAAAAGUCCGACAGUUUCAAAUUUGAUAAAAAUAGUUAUUCUAUCAUCGAAAAAAUCAAGAACUAUGAUCAAAACAAAAUCUUCUACUGCGACAAAACUUGUGGGUCUACCUCCACUUUUUGAUGUUCCGAGCAGCAAUGAAACCAUUUCACCUCCUGCUGCAUUAUGUGGCAAACGAAUUGUGGGUUACUUUGCAGAAUUUGAGAAUUCUGUUCUAACAAGAAAACAACUUCAAAACAACUAAAGCCAGCUCUACUCUACUUUGAAAGUGAUGAUCAGUAUAGGCGGAUAAUUAAAUUCUCGUUCGUUUUCGGCAAUAAUGUCUAACGAAACAUCACGUAACGUGUUCGUAAAGUCCAUUGUCUCGUUUGUCCAAAAUUACGAUAUAGAUGGAAUCGAAAUAUUUUGGACAUGGCCCAAAUACAAGGAUUUUGUUGACUUUUUCAAUAUUUAUUCAACACAAUUUCGAGAAAAACAAGUAGGACCUGAUUCACCAUUGUAUGGAGGAGAAGGUAGAAACAUCGAUGAGACAAUGAAGUAUUAUACUUGUAAAACUGGUCAACCAAGUAAAUUUAAUAUAUUUGUUUCUUUCCACGGAACAUUUUGGAAAGACGCCGAAUUACCAUUACGGAAUGAUUCUGAUGAUAUAUUCAAAGACAAAAACUUGACAAAAGGAGCAUUUGCUGUUCGUUGGAGAGAGCUACUUCAACAGAAAUGGAACCUGGAGGAGAUUAAAUUUCACAAUUUAACGAAAACCUCUUAUAUUUGGAUUCCCGGUCCACCUACCUGGUUUAUGACUUUAGAAGACGAAAAAAGUUUGAGAGAAAAAUGUUGCUGAUCAUAAUAUUGGAGGAAUAACCAUGUGGACAAUUGAUCAGGAUGAUGAUGAUCACACUCUUUUGAAAGUUGUAUCUUCUGCUGAAUUAUGCACUGGAGAUGAGAAGAAUAAGAUUAAAUACAAGUGUGAUUGA